AAACGUAAAUGAUUAUACUGAUUUCCCCCUUUAUCUUAUCCAAUAUCCUUCGAUUCGUAUCAGAUUUCUUAUCAAAAUUUUUUCGUGAAUGACAGAACUGCAAAUAUGAAACUCCUCGCGAUUUUUUGUGCCUGUUUUACGUAUUUUAUUUCAGUGAUUUCUCAAACUACCAUUACUCCAAACACUAACAAUGACACUGUUUUAAACCCGGACGCUUCUUAUUGUUUUGAAUUCACUUGGAUUGGCCCUGGAUAUGAUGAGAAUUACAUGUAUAAUGGUACUUGUACCGACUAUUUAGACGAAACUAGAGCCAAACAUGUGCCCUGCAGUCCCCCGAUCGUGGUUUCAGACGAUGGGACCUUUCCCGACAUUGACUGGAUGUUUGCAAACAAGAGAAACAGUGUUUUGUGCCGGCGAACAGCUAAUCAGGUUUGUGCAACUUAUACGUACAAGUAUGACGGCGUGGUAAAUAAUGCAACUUAUAUGUGUACAAAGGUACAGGAAAUAGGAGGAAGUGCAAUAACUUCCGGUUGUUAUACUCAAACCGUCGCCGGCUACGAAGUGGAAGUCUGCGUUUGUAAAUCAAAUCCUGGUCUUUGGAAGCCCUGUAACGGCAAUUUUUAGUAGACUUGUAGUUCUUGAAUAAAGUGAUUCGUUUUA